ACGCUCGAUUUCUUAACUCUAAUGAGAAAACGAUUAGACUAACAUCCAAACAAUCCAAAUAUAAAAUCGAUUUGUUGUUGUUCGUGGCGGCUUUUUUUGCUUUAAACCCUAAAACUCCAACCUUUUUUGCUCUCUGUGUAACAAUGGAGGAAGAAUCUCACACCGAAGAAGUAGAAAUCCAAAACAAACUCGAAGUUGCUCCUGCAUUGAUUUCCGUUCAUCCAUCUCAGAAAUCUCUCGCUGUCGCUGUCGGUUCGGAUCUUCGUGUAUUCAAUCUUAUAGAGAAUCGCCCAGUUAGUUUGGUGGAUGAAUCUGAUGGGCCUUCCCGUAAGGAAUCCAUUAGAGCUAUUCGUUACAGUGCAAGUGGAAAGCUUUUUGUGUCCGCAGGCGAUGACAAACUCGUUAAGAUUUGGUCUACAGAUUCUUGGCGCUGCCUUAACACAGUAUGUUCUGAGAAGAGAGUUAGCGCAGUUGCUAUAAGUAGCGAUGAUUCACAUGUUUGCUAUGCGGACAAGUUUGGUGUUGUAUGGGUGAUCGAGCUGGAUGGGAUCAAUGAGGGUAAAACUUUACCUAGUAAGAAGGGUGCGCUGCUGCUUUCACAUUAUUGUAGUAUUAUUACUAGCCUGGAGUUUUCCCCAGAUGGUAGAUAUAUUCUUAGUGCUGAUCGGGACUUUAAGAUAAGGGUGACUGUUUUUCCCAAGAAGCCUCUAGAAGGGGCUCAUGAAAUACAGAGUUUUUGUCUUGGACAUUCAGAGUUCAUCACCUGCACAGCAUUUGUCAGCACUCCAGAGCUUACUCAGGGAUACCUCAUGUCUGGAAGUGGAGAUUCAACUGUUCGAUUGUGGGAUAUUACAUCUGGGUCUCUUCUUGACACAUGUGAAGUUAGUACAGUGGCAGGGCAUUUAGAGUCUAAUGAAAGUGAGUCGCCGACCCAAGUCACAGUUACCGACAUAUGCGCUAUCCCGAAUUCUUCUCUUGCAGCAGUGGCAAUUCAAAGUUUUCAAGGAAUAUUCUUGUUAAGCUGUGAUUUGACAGCACAUACUCUCUCUAUCAGAAAGGUGAUAAAAAUCCCUGGAGAAAGUUUCAUUCCUACAAGUAUAUCUGUAAGUGCAUCUUCAAGAUUACUAUGGAUGGUAUCAGGAGCCUCAAACCUGCCUGGUUCGAACCAUCCUGGUUUUUCAAGGGUUCGGGUCAUCUCGUGCCUUGAGACCGAAUCUUCAAUCCUUGAAGACGAGCAUAUUCCAGGAGGGACCAAACUGUUGGAGCAAUUACAAGGUAAAGUUCCAAUAGAAGAGAGUGUAAUGAGUGCCGCGGCAGAAGCUGUGAGAGCGGCAAUGUCCAGCCUUUUGAUGAAGAAGCAAUACUCUGAAGAGAAGAGAGAGUUCAGAAAAAGAACCAGAAAUGAUAAGAAAACCACACAAUGAUUGCAUUUUGCCAAAAAAAAAUUUUUUUGGCUUAUUAUCUCUGUUUUUCUGACUCACUCGUUGUAUCUUGAAUCUUGAUCAUUAUGUUACCGUUAUAAUUUCUUUGUUACUAUUUCAAAAAUGUUAUCUAUUUAUUAAAAAAAAAGUAAAAGCCUUUA